AUGCAAGCAGUGUUGGAUUCUACUUUACUGCCAGCUACUUUUAGCUCUCAUGAUUUUGCUAUGUCUUCCAUGCAGAGUCCCAUGGCCUCAUACCCGGAUCAACAACACCAGCAACAGCACCAACAACACCAGCAUCAACAACACCAACAACAACAGAAUCAUCAACAACAACAACAACCACAUCUCCAACAACACGGACAAACCCAGUUUCAGCAUUAUCAACAGUACUCCUCACAACAACACCCACAGCAUCAACCUCAAGUUGUAAACCAACCUAUUUCCCCCAACUCUUAUCCCGAGGGAAUGGUUUAUGACAAGAGACAUGGUGCUGGUGCUGGUGGUCAGGUAUCAGUUGCAGCAGCAGCUGCUGCCGCUGUAGCUGCUAAUGCUUCUCCUUCUUCCACUCCUUCUACUACUAGAAUGGCUCCUCCUACUCCAGAGAGAUCCAGAAACCCAUCUCGAGUGGAUAUUCCUACUUUACACAGUCCUCAUUCAGGAUCUGGGUCGAGUGGUAAUUCUGCUACUGGCACAAACUCAGCAGCUUCAGCAGCAGCACAAGCUGCUGCUGCCGCUGCGGCCGCUGCUGCUAAUAGCAGUUCUAAUUCAUCAACUUCUUUGGCCACAGCUGGCGCUGGUUCUGCUCGCUUGGCUGAUGAUAAUAGUCUUGUGUGCAUUCUGUCUCCUUUAGGAACCAUUCUGUAUGUUAGUCCAUCGUCCACCACCUUCCUUGGCUCAUACCCUAACGACAUUGCCGGAAGUUCCAUCAUGGAUUAUAUCCAUCCCGACGAUUUGGAUCAGUUUAUCUCGUCUAUGAGUGCCAUUGUUUCCAAUGGUACUUCGCUGCAAAUGAUUUAUCGACUCAAGUUUGCUGCUAAUCAAUACAGAGUGUAUGAAGGGUUUGGUCGUCCAUCCAACGAAGAGGUUGAUGGAUAUCAAGGCAUGGGUCAAGGUAUGGUUCUAAUUUCCAAACCAGCUACUAAUAAUCAUCACAACCAAAGCAAUGGACCUCCUAGUCCCACCAGUUCAUCUAAUGAAAGUAUUUGGUCGAGACGCCAGGCUUCUCGCAUGCAAAAGGGUCUUGUUCUUAAUCAAGCUCCUGCUAAGCUUGAAUAUAAUGAACACCAACAAAUCCGAUCCGGUCCUGCUACUGCUGCUACUAAUUCCACCUCUUCGUCAAAUGGUAUGGUUUCUAUGACGCCUCUUGAUGCAGCAUCAGUUUCUUUGUAUGACCAAUCACCGUUGUCGGUUGCUACUAAUGGCUAUACAUCGACCAUUUCUCCAUAUGAAGAAGAUAUUUCGCACUCAUCGUCGUCAUCCUCUUUACUCAGUGGUCUUAAUCCACCACCUUCGGCCACUCCGUCACUUGUAUCGUUUGACGACUCGACAAACUGGAAUAUUGACGGUCCACCACUUUCAGCAACAGCAGCCACUGGUUCAGGUGCAUAUCCUUAUGGCUAUUCAGGUAUGCGAUCAUAUUCAUACUUUGAUAUGGGUAAUGAUUCAACGAUUAUGGAAGAACUGAAGUCGCCAAGAGCCGCUCCUAACGAUUAUUACCCCGUUAAGGACGACUCGACGCUGAAUUCGAUGAACCAGUCGGCCAAUAUGGAGAACCACAGUUACUGGGACAAUGUGGCUAAUAGCGAGCUUGUAUCGCCCAACUUUUUUGUUCCUAAUUCAGGAGCAAGUACCGGUUCGUCUUCGUCAACACCCACUUCAGCCUCUAACAUGCAUACACUACCAAAAACUACAUACAGUCCGAGUGCCUCGUAUUUUGUCGAUUCGGCAGCACAAGCACGAGCCAAAUCAUACUCACUUCCCGGACUGUUUGACGUCAAUGCUCCUGUUCGAUACCAACCGUACCACCAAGCAGGUGUUUCGUCAUCAGCAAAUGCCGCUGGCGGCAACCACAGCCACAUUGAUUUCUCGGGCUAUUCCAUGUCGGUGAAAAAGUCGCCUGUUGAUGGCGGUUAUCUUAACGGACAGGCGGUCCGUAAAGCCAAUGUAAACAGUCUGGCCAAGACAAGAAAGCUGUCUAAACCACCAUCAAUGUCGACUCUGCCGAACAUGGCGUCAUCCAACCUCAUCAACAAGACGCGCCGAAAGAGCAAGCAGCAAAACAGAGACGACAUGAUGCUGUACGUGUGCACCGAGUGUGGAGUCAAGGAGUCGCCUGAGUGGAGAAAGGGACCCAAGGGACCCAAAACACUCUGCAACGCCUGUGGUCUCCGAUGGGCUAAGUGGACCAGACAAAAGUCGACCUCUCACGACGACAAGUAA